GAAAUAAAGAAAAUGGCUAAGACUGGUAACAAAGAAGCCUGUAAGGUGUUAGCAAAACAGCUUGUACAGCUGAGGAAGCAAAAAAAUCGAACAUACGCUGUGAGCUCUAAAGUGACUUCUAUGUCGACUCAAACAAAGGUCAUGAACUCUCAGAUGAAGAUGGCAGGAGCUAUGUCAACUACAGCUAAAACAAUGCAAACAGUUAAUAAGAAGAUGGAUCCACAAAAGACACUACAAACUAUGCAAAACUUCCAGAAGGAAAACAUGAAGAUGGAAAUGACUGAAGAAAUGAUUAAUGAUACUCUGGAUGAUAUUUUUGAUGCUUCUGAUGAAGAGGAAGAAAGCCAAGAUAUUGUUAAUCAAGUGCUGGAUGAAAUUGGAAUUGAAAUCUCUGGCAAGAUGGCCAAGGCUCCAUCAGCUGCCAGAGGCUUACCAUCUGCAUCAACAUCAAAUGCUGCAACCAUAUCAGAUGAAGAGAUUGAACGACAGCUCAAAGCUCUGGGAGUUGAUUAGCUUGGUGGCAAUUUAACAUCUGCCUUCUAAUUAUUCAGCUGUAGACAGAUGUACAAAGUGCAAAUGCUCUUUCAAUGCAACUGAUUUCUAGGAAAGCUCUGAAGCUUUGGAAAUUGCAACUUGGUACUGGGGGCAGAAGAAGGAGAGAAUAUUUUAAUCAAUUCACAGAGAGAGAGGAGCAGUUGGUAUGUCCCUUGCAUG